ACCCCUCCAUAAAUAAGAGAAGAGAAUAAAAGAAAACUCCCUCCCUCCCUCUCUUCCAAGAGUGUGCAGAAGAAGAAUGGCCACCACUCGCCUCUCGGUGGUCUUCCUCCUCUUGGCCUUAGUGGCCAUGGCAUUGAUGGUUGAUUCGUCUCCUUUGUUUUCGAUUGAUGAUGGGCUGCUUGCUGCUGUGUCAAAGAGUGCAUGUAAUGGCCUGGUUGGAGGGGAGUGCAUUAGUGAAGCGAAUGAGGAGAUGAUGAUGAUGAUUAUGGACUCUGACGACGAUGAUGACGACGUCGUUCGACGAGGCCUUUAUCGACGCCGAAGGUACAUUAGCUAUGAAGCAUUGAAGGCAAACAAGAUCCCAUGCCGCAGACCCGGUCAAUCCUACUAUGAUUGCAGGAAAAAUCUAAAGAUUAAUCCUUACAGGCGAAGUUGCACCAUGGCCACGCACUGUGCCAGGGAUCUCCGUUAAUAACAUUAAUAUUCCAAACUUCGAAGAGAGAGAGAGAGAGAGAGAGAGAGAGAGAGAGAGAGAAGAGAGAGAGAGAGGGAUCUCCGUUAAUAACAUUAAUAUUCCAAACUUAGAAGAGAGAGAGAGAGAGAGAGAGGGAUCUCCGUUAAUAUUCAUCACGUACCCCCCUUCUUCUCAUUAUUGCCAUUUGUUUUGGUGGGUUGUAGUGUACUAAUAAAAAGGGUAUUGUUGUAAUUCCGAUUCUGAUCUCCAUUUAUAUGACUGGCCAGUAAGUCCUUUUUUUUUC